AUUUAUGAACGAGAGUGGUCGAUUUGAUCUUCUCCAACUAUCCUUCUCAUCCAAGUGCGAUCGGAUCGGAUCGGAUCGGAUUGGAUCUGGGUUUUAUAUUUUUUUGACAAACCCUUCUCCGUGUUUCGAUCUUUCUAUCGCUCACUCAAAAAAACCCUAAUCUUGAUUUUUCUUUUCCUCGUUCUCUGUUCGAUUAAGCGAUUCUAUCUUCUGAGAACAUUGAAUCGGUUUUGUUUUAUUGAAAGACGGAAACUUUUUCUUCAAUUUCGAGCGAGUAGAGUCAGUGACGAUGUCUUGGGCUGGUCCUGAAGAUAUUUACCUUUCGACAUCACUCGCUAGUUAUCUCGAUAGAAAGAUACUUGUGCUCCUUAGAGAUGGUAGAAAGCUAAUGGGAACUCUCCGUUCAUUUGAUCAAUUCGCCAAUGCGGUUCUAGAAGGUGCUUGCGAGAGGGUUAUUGUUGGGGAGCAAUACUGCGAUAUUCCUUUAGGCCUCUAUGUAAUCCGUGGAGAGAAUGUUGUUCUGAUUGGUGACCUUGACACAGAGAGAGAGGAGCUUCCUCCAAAUAUGAUUCGUGUCUCAGAGACGGAAAUUAAAAGGGCGCAAAAAGUGGAGAGGGAAGCAAGUGAGCUGAGAGGAACAAUGAGGAAGAGAAUGGAGUUUCUUGACUUCGAUUAAGACAGAUUAUGUCCCCAUUGAUUCUUGGCUUUGAUGCUCUGCUUUGGCUCACAAGUUUUAUGAAGAGCCUUCUCUGGUGUGUGGAUGUAGUUCUCGUUUUUCAUUUUGAAAGUGACAAAAAUAAUCUACUCGUCUUCGGAUCUAUUUUACAUUUUUAUAAGAAGAAAAAAAAUCAC